AUGGUUUUACAAUUUCCACCGUGGAGGCACCAAUCCUACCUUGCCUUGGUCCGCGACUGGUUCUUCCCCCACCGCACGAAACAGGACGUGUUUUCUGCGACGGUAUCAGAUUCAUCACAAGACAUGAGACAGCGGGCCAUUGACAAGAUCAAUCUUUGGAUGUUUAAAGCCGGCCAGCUCCCCCCAGCCAUGGAGGCUACUGCAAGCUUGACCGAAGCAUUGCUGCACGAUGAAGCGAGGAGAAAUUCGUCAGCUCCAUUCAUCUCUGAGUCGGCAAUGCAGAGCGUCUACGCCAUGGCUCUCGCGAGGUUUGUCAACGCAUUCGUCGAUCGUGACGUUGCUCGCUCACAUAUUGCCGGCAUGGCCAAAGAGGACGGUGCAGUGGAAAGCGAAGAGGUGACAACCAUUUCAGGCAAAGGCGAGAGCUCCAUGUACGCUCACGCCGCUACGAUUGGGAUGCCGCAAAAAUUUGUUGAUAUCCGACAUCAAGUUACGCAUGGUAACAUCCCCGGCGUGCCGCUUUUGAAGAAGAUGACUGAGCAAGCCUUGGAAUGGUUGUGGGAGAGAUGGUGGGUGAAGCAUGUGUCCGGAAAUCCAGACCGAGCGUUGAGAGAGCUGCAAGAGAGACAACGAAUCUCCAGGGAGGCCAGAGAGUCGGCAAAUGGUACCUCCGGUCUGCCAUUCGAUGACGGCUCAAGCAAUGGCACGAGUCAAGAUGCAUUGAUGGAAGGAGGAUCGAGCGCAGCUUCCUCUGUAGCGGCUGGCGCCACGUCGCGCAAACGUAAAUCUGCUGUAAUAGAAGACACCUAA